GGGCAGGCGGCUCUUUGUCGAAGCUAGAGGACCGGCAGGCGGCAGCAGCAACUACGGCGGCGGCGGCAGAACCCAGCAGUGAUGUGGAGGUGGAGACCCACAGGAGCCCCGGACUUCACCUGAGCUACCUCAGCUAAACCACCAGGAAUACACCUGCAGUCGAACAAACUGGGUUUAAUGCUCAUCGCAGUGAUGGAGAGCGCGGGCCAUGGGGAACUGGUGUGCCUCAGUGAAAGGGUGUUAGAAAAGAGUUACAGAACUUGUACUCUGACAGCCAGGAGCAUAUCGAAGGAAUGUGCCUAGGAUAUGAAAACUAUCCCUAGCUGACAAAUGAACAUGCAGGAAUUCCAGGCCAAAUCCUGACAAACCGAAUGGAGUAGAAGGGAAUCCUGACUCUCCACAAAACCCUCAACUUCGCAAGUCUGGUUCUCUCUAAAAACCAAGUAAUUGGCGAUGCGGCUCUGCGUGAUGUCAAACCACAAGCAGUCCAAUCCCACGUCGGGGAGCUCCUGGUCCCGCCUCUUUAAAUGGUAGACCACACUGCCUUCUCUUUCUAGCCAAUCCAGUGCUGCUCUUUAGCCUCUUUCUUCCUUUUCCCGCCUUUGGCACUCUCGUCCAAUCACGGAGGCCCUGCCUCCCCCCAGCCCUCUCCCCUUCCUGGAAGAAGAGGGGAGGGGCUUCGAGCUUUUGACUCCACCUCGGUCUCUGCGGCGCGGACCAACCCGAAGCAUUAGAAAGAAAGGGUGUGGCUUGAUGUCCCCUCCCCCAUUUUAGGGUUUACCGUAUGCUGGGGGGCAGCUGGUUUUAAGACUAGGCAACCUCCAGCGGGUCUCUAGGUCCCGCGGUUCCUCCCAGAGGUGGCACCAUGGAGCGCUCCCCUGGAGACAGCUCCAGCCCCAGCCCCAGCCCCGAGGACCAGCCCUCAGGUCCCUCCGACCCCCCAGACCUGACUCCCACUGCGCACACAAAGCCAGACCUGAGUUCUGAGGACCAACCUGCCCGCCCAGGCGCGGCGGGUGAGGCUCUGGCGAUGCUAACUUCGUUCGGGCGGCGGAUGCUGGUGCUGGUGCCGGUGUACCUGGCCGGGGCAAUGGGACUCAGCGUGGGUUUCGUGCUUUUCGGCCUCGCCCUCUACCUGGGCUGGCGCCGGGUCCGCGACGAGAAAGAACGGAGCCUUCGAGUAGCGCGGGAGCUGCUGGACGAUGAGGAGCGGCUCACGACGAAAACACUUUACAUGAGCCAUCGAGAACUGCCUGCGUGGGUCAGCUUCCCGGAUGUGGAAAAGGCUGAGUGGCUAAAUAAGAUUGUGGCUCAGGUCUGGCCCUUUCUGGGCCAAUAUAUGGAGAAGCUUUUGGCUGAAACUGUGGCCCCUGCUGUUCGAGGCUCCAACCCCCAUUUGCAAACAUUUACAUUUACACGAGUGGAACUGGGAGAAAAGCCAUUGCGCAUCCUAGGAAUCAAGGUUCAUCCUGGUCAAAGUAAAGAACAGAUCCUGCUAGACUUGAACAUCAGCUAUGUAGGUGAUAUACAGAUUGAUGUGGAAGUGAAGAAAUAUUUCUGCAAAGCAGGAGUCAAGGGCAUGCAGCUUCACGGUGUCCUGCGGGUGAUUCUUGAGCCACUCAUUGGAGACCUUCCUAUCGUAGGGGCUGUGUCGAUGUUCUUUAUUCGGCGCCCGACCCUUGAUAUCAACUGGACAGGGAUGACAAACCUGCUGGAUAUCCCAGGACUCAGCUCACUCUCCGACACCAUGAUCAUGGACUCCAUCGCUGCCUUCCUUGUGUUGCCCAACCGAUUACUGGUGCCCCUUGUGCCUGACCUUCAUGACGUGGCCCAGUUACGUUCCCCUCUUCCCAGGGGCAUCAUUCGGAUUCACCUGCUGGCUGCCCGAGGACUAAGCUCCAAGGACAAAUAUGUGAAGGGCCUGAUUGAGGGCAAGUCAGACCCCUAUGCACUUGUGCGAGUGGGCACGCAGACAUUCUGUAGUCGUGUCAUCGACGAGGAGCUCAACCCCCAGUGGGGGGAGACUUAUGAGGUGAUAGUGCAUGAGGUUCCAGGUCAGGAGAUUGAGGUGGAAGUGUUUGACAAGGACCCAGACAAAGAUGAUUUUCUGGGCAGAAUGAAGCUGGAUGUAGGGAAGGUAUUACAGGCUGGAGUACUGGAUGACUGGUUCCCUCUACAAGGCGGGCAAGGCCAAGUUCACUUAAGGCUAGAAUGGCUGUCACUUUUGCCAGAUGCAGAAAAACUGGAGCAGGUUCUACAGUGGAACCGAGGAGUCUCCUCCCGACCAGAACCCCCAUCAGCUGCCAUCUUAGUUGUCUAUCUGGAUCGGGCCCAGGAUCUCCCUCUAAAGAAGGGGAACAAGGAACCCAACCCCAUGGUACAACUGUCAAUUCAGGAUGUGACCCAGGAGAGCAAGGCUGUCUAUAGCAACAACUGCCCAGUGUGGGAGGAGGCCUUCCGAUUCUUCCUGCAAGACCCUCAAAGCCAGGAGCUUGAUGUACAAGUGAAGGAUGACUCCAGGGCCCUGACUUUAGGGGCACUGACCCUGCCCCUGGCUCGCCUGCUGACUGCCUCUGAACUCACCCUGGACCAGUGGUUCCAGCUCAGCAGCUCUGGCCCAAACUCCAGGCUCUACAUGAAGCUGGUUAUGAGGAUCUUGUACUUGGAUUCAUCAGAAGUGCACUUCCCCACUGUUCCUGGUGCCGCUGGUGCUUGGGACCCAGACAAUGAGAGUCCCCAGACAGGCAGCAGUGUGGAUGCCCCACCUCGACCCUCUCACACUACUCCUGACAGUCACUUUGGGACCGAGAAUGUUCUUCGGAUCCAUGUGCUAGAGGCCCAGGACCUGAUUGCCAAAGACCGUUUCUUGGGGGGAUUGGUGAAGGGCAAGUCAGACCCCUAUGUGAAACUAAAGCUGGCAGGCCGGAGCUUUCGGAGCCGUGUUAUUCGGGAAGAUCUCAAUCCCCGCUGGAAUGAGGUUUUUGAGGUGAUCGUCACAUCGAUUCCAGGCCAAGAGCUAGAGGUUGAGGUUUUUGACAAGGACCUGGACAAGGAUGACUUUCUGGGCAGGUGUAAAGUGAGUCUCACCACAGUCCUGAACAGUGGCUUCCUUGAUGAGUGGCUGACCCUGGAGGACGUCCCAUCUGGCCGCCUGCACUUGCGCCUGGAGCGUCUGACCCCCCAUCCCACUGCUGCUGAGUUAGAGGAGGUGCUGCAGGUAAACAGUUUGAUCCAGACUCAGAAGAGUGCGGAGCUGGCGGCAGCUGUGCUGUCCGUCUAUGUGGAGCGGGCUGAGGACCUGCCGCUCCGAAAAGGUGCCAAGCCUCCCAGCCCUUAUGCUACUGUCACUGUGGGAGACACUUCUCAUAAAACUAAGACUGUUCCCCAAAGUUCAGCCCCUGUCUGGGACGAGAGUGCCUCCUUUCUCAUCAGGAAACCAAACACCGAGAGCCUGGAAUUACAGGUCCGGGGUGAGGGGUCUGGUGCAUUGGGCUCACUAUCCCUGCCCCUCUCAGAGCUCCUUGAGGCUGACCAGCUCUGUGUGGACCGCUGGUUUACACUCAACAAUGGUCAAGGGCAGGUGCUACUGAGAGCACAGCUGGGGAUCCUGGUGUCCCAGCACUCAGGAGUGGAAGCUCACAGCCACAGCCAUAGCUACAGCUCCUCAUCUCUGAGUGAAGAACCAGAGCUCUGGGGGGGGCAGCCUCACAUCACCUCCUCAGCCCCAGAGCUCCGGCAGCGCCUAACCCAUGGUGACAGUCCCGCUGAGGCUCCAGCUGGGCCUCUGGGCCAGGUGAAACUGACUGUUUGGUACUACAGUGAGGAGCGAAAGCUCGUCAGCAUCGUUCACAGUUGCCGUGCCCUUCGACAGAAUGGGCGGGAUCCCCCCGACCCCUAUGUGUCACUGUUGCUGCUGCCAGACAAGAACCGGGGCACCAAGAAGAAGACCUCACAGAAGAAGAGGACCCUAAAUCCUGAAUUCAAUGAACGGUUCGAGUGGGAACUGCCCCUGGAUGAGGCCCUCCGACGAAAGCUGGAUGUCUCUGUGAAGUCUAAUUCCUCCUUCAUGUCAAGAGAGCGUGAGCUGCUGGGGAAGGUGCAGUUGGAUCUCGCUGAGAUAGACCUUUCCCAAGGCGCGGCCCAGUGGUAUGACCUCAUGGAUGACAAGGACAAAGGCAGCUCCUAGGAGCCGGGAUUAACAGCCUGCUGUCUCUUUGCCUUGCCUCUUGCUGCAUUACCGCCUCAAUGCAAUGAGCCAAAAGCUAGGGCUUGAGAGCUGAGCCUGCAGCCCUCAGCCCUCUCACCUCUCAGGCUCACACUCGGGCCUUUGCCUGACCAAAGAGGAAGACCAUAUGUUACCGUUUCUUUACUGCACGGCCUUUAUUCUGGGCUCCUGGAGCAGGGACCUGAGCUGGCUAUUUCCUACUCCGCCUGCAAAGUCUCCUUUCUUCCCAGCUCUUCAGGGCCUUCUGUACCUGUGCCUGGCCACUGGCAGCACUAGCAGUGGCAUUAGCUUAUGCCAAAUACACUUUUGGAAAGAUCUUUUCUCUUUAUCACCUUCUUCCCUGUUGUAAACAAGGAGGGAAAACACGUGGGUGGGAAGGUGGAUAGGCUUACUACUCAAGCUCUGACCCUCGGACCACUGCAUGUAACAAAUGUAUAGCAACCCAGGCCCCCGUGGCCAAUUCUGUCCCCACUUUCCUCAAGCCUGUCCUGAAUUUUAUACCUGCUAUGAUGACUGGUGCCAGCCAGUCUCCUGAUUCACUCUGGGAAUUGAGAGCACUUGGGUUCUAAUCAAGCCUCAACUAGUAGGUAUCACUCUUGGAACCUCUGGAUGGUGCUAUGCAGAGGACCUUCUAGGGCUCAGGACAGCAGGGCCAAUUUCUUCGUCUAGAUGCCUAGGCUAUUAACUCACUAAUCAGAACUGAAUCUCAUUCUGCACCAACUCUGCCAAUUCACUGUGUCUUACAUUAAACAUUAUAAUCAAA